AUCCCUGCAAAUUAAGAAAAAGAACUUCAUUGCUUAUAAACCCAGUAGAACAUGGAGGAUAUGGGAGUGAACUGGGAGCAGAAGACACUGAUCAGUGAGCUAAUUCAGGGGAUGGAGCUGACAAAACAGUUGAGGGUACACUUGAAACUGGCAUCUCCGUUCGAGACUAAGGACUUGCUGGUGCAGAAAAUAUUAUCCUCAUAUGAGAAGGCACUUCUGAUUUUGAGAUGGGGUGGAUCGAUGGGGAAACCUCAGACCCUUGCGGCAACAACAAGUGUGCCUGAGUUUACACUAUCUAUCAAUGGAAGUCCUCGAAGUGAGGAUUUCGACAAGGAUAAUCAGGAUUAUGGAGAUGUGUCAAAGAAGAGGAAGACAGUACCAAGAUGGACCAGCCAAGUUAGAGUUAGUGCUGAAAAUGCCCUGGAAGGACAUGAUGAUGGCUAUAACUGGAGAAAAUAUGGACAAAAGGAUAUCCUAGGAGCCAAAUAUCCAAGAAGCUAUUACAGAUGCACCUACAGAAACACUCAGAAUUGUUGGGCUACGAAGCAAGUCCAAAGAUCAGAUGACAACCCCACCAUGUUUGAAAUUACAUACAAAGUAAAGCACACUUGCUUCCAAGGAAGCCAGUCAGUUCCACCACCAGCAUCGCCUGAAAAACAAGAACAGAAGAAUCCAGAUCAUGGCAAACAUAUUAGUCAUCAACAACAACAACGAUCACAACAACUGCUAAACUUUCAUAAAGAACUGAGGGUCAAUACUGAAGAAUUUGAUAAUACACAAAUGCAGUCUCCUUUCUCUUUUCCUUCAACAUUUGGAGGAAUAAGAAGCAUUUCCCCAGCACUUGAUAACAGCAAUUUAAUCGGCAGUUUUUCCCCCUCAUAUAUAUCGCCAGCUACACCAGAGCCAGACUACUUUUCACUGCCAGCAUGCACAAUGAUUAACUUCAAUGGGAAUCAUAAUGCAUAUCGUUCUGAAUAUGAUUCAACUGAGAUAAUAUCGUCCAACAGUUCAUCCUCCAACUCUCCAGUAUUGGACUCUGUCUUCUCUCUCAAUCCACUGGAAAUUGAUCCAAACUUCCCAUUUGAUACUUCAGAAUUUUUCUCUUGAUUUGGCUUGGCCAUACAAAGAAACAAAUUAGAGAUAGGAGGAUCAGUGAAUUUUGAUUUAUUGUAAGAGGAGGAGAAGAUGCUUGUACAAUAUGCUAGGACUACCCUUGAUGUUGGCAAAGGGGAUCUAGUUUUGCAAUUUUCUGUGUAAUUAAAGUUGUAAUUUUAGAAUAUCAAGCUCUCAACCACAAAGCAUAACAUUGCAGUUUACAGUUAGAAAA